AUGCCGGAAUUAACAGCUUCUCUCGCGACUCCGGCCAUCACGGAAGAAAUCUCUGGAGAAGACACGACAGCGGAAAAUCCCGGAACUGGACGAAUUUUUGCUGAAGCGAGAUUAUGCUGGCGCUAUCUCGCUGUUGCAGCGAGAGGCGGAACUACGGACGAAUCGACAGAUCUCUGGCUUGGCCACUGUGCUUUCCAUGCUGGUGAAUACCGAAAAGCUAUGCAGGUAUACGAAAGAAUGCUGUCACAAAAGAACUGUGCCCAAGAAGUAUUCCUCUACAUUGCUUGCUGUGCUUUCUACCUUGGAUUGUGCUCGGAAGCAAGGGAAUAUGCCGAGAAAGGUGUCAAAAAUGCGUUGCAAAAUCGGCUGCUGUUUCAUGUGGCUCAUCGGCUAAAGGACGAAAAGCAGCUAAUGGCGCAUCAUAGUCAACUUCAGGAUACAACUGAAGACCAAAUAUCGCUUGCAUCAGUGCACUAUCUACGUUCUCACUAUCAGGAAGCUAUUGAUAUUUACAAAAAGAUUUUGAUCAAUAACAAGUGA